CAUCACUAUUCAGCCAUCACUAUUCAGCCAUCACUAUUCAGCCAUCACUAUUCAGCCAUCACUAUUCAGCCCUCACUAUUCAGCCAUCACUAUUCAGCCAUCACUAUUCAGCAGUUACUGGCUAUAAUGGUGUGCCCGGAGCUGUGCACCAACGUGAUGGUGAGAAUAGUGACGUCUGUCAUCCUCAUCACGGCCGUGGUGGUUUUUGUGGUGCUGAAACUGCUACCACCUGGCGACUCUGACGCCGGCGACUUUAACGCAGGGGGCGCUGUUCUCUCCCAGACUGAGGGGACGGGCGCCCUCACGCUGGUCCCCCUGGGGGACAAGGUGGUGUUCUCAUCCCCCAACUACCCCGACGAUUAUGACCCCUACCAGCACACCGAGUGGCACUUCAAGGCUCCUGCAGGGGGGCUGCUGACGCUGCUGUGCGAGCAGGUCUUCCUCAACUGGUUUGCUGAGCUGUACGCGGUGGACGGCAACACCACAGUCAGGUGGGGAUGGAACCCCCGUCAGGGGAGGGGGUGGAACCCCUGUCAGGUGGGGGUGGAACCCCCGUCAGGGGGUGCAAGAACUUUGAGACCACGUGACAUGACCAAGAAUUUAAAAGUGAAGAAAAAUGUCUGA